AUGGGUUUAGCAGGUGAAAUGAGGAAUGUUGGAGUUAAGGCUAGCGAUGUUGGGUACAUUAAUCUCUUGACGGCUUGCAGUCAUGCUGGUUUGGUAGAAGAAGGGAGAAAGUAUUUUAGUCAGAUGGUGAAUGUAGAUGGUUUAGAGACUAGGAUUGAACACUACGGAUGUAUGGUUGAUCUGUUGGGACGCUCUGGUCUUCUCGACGUCAGUUUUAAAUGCUUGUAUAUAGGUUUUAGAAAUCAUGUUGAGUUUUUGACAACAAGUAGUAAUAGUUUUAUUACCUUAAUGUCAUUCGCUGAAUGA